CCUACGUGGAGCGUAUCCAGAUACCAAGCGACGUGGAAGUGGGAUAACAGCUCGUCUGCAACAAUGAUAAAGAAGUUCGAUAAAAAGGACGAGGAGUCUGGAAGUGGCUCCAAUCCUUUCCAACACUUGGAGAAGAGUGCAGUGUUACAGGAGGCUCGCAUUUUUAAUGAGACCCCCAUUAACCCACGGCGAUGUCUGCACAUCCUCACCAAGAUCAUCUACCUACUCAACCAGGGAGAACAUUUUGGGACCACUGAGGCUACAGAAGCCUUCUUUGCUAUGACUCGCCUUUUCCAGUCUAAUGACCAAACACUCCGUAGGAUGUGCUAUCUGACCAUAAAGGAGAUGGCAAACAUCUCUGAAGAUGUCAUCAUUGUGACCAGCAGUCUCACCAAGGACAUGACUGGGAAGGAAGAUGUUUACAGGGGUCCAGCCAUCAGAGCGCUGUGCCGGAUCACAGAUACCACAAUGUUGCAAGCCAUAGAAAGGUACAUGAAGCAGGCCAUUGUGGAUAAGGUCCCCAGUGUCUCCAGUUCUGCUCUGGUUUCCUCACUGCACAUGGUUAAGAUGAGCUAUGAUGUGGUGAAACGCUGGGUGAAUGAGGCACAGGAAGCAGCCUCCAGUGACAACAUCAUGGUGCAGUACCAUGCCUUGGGCCUGCUGUACCACCUUCGCAAGAAUGAUCGCCUGGCUGUUUCCAAGAUGUUGAACAAGUUCACCAAGUCUGGCCUUAAAUCACCCUUUGCCUACUGCAUGCUCAUCCGCAUCGCCAGCCGGCUGUUGGAAGAGACCGAGGGAGGGCAUGACAGCCCCCUGUUUGAUUUCAUUGAGAGUUGCCUGAGGAACAAACAUGAGAUGGUGGUGUAUGAAGCCGCUUCUGCUAUUGUCCACAUGCCCAACUGCACUGCUCGUGAGCUGGCCCCAGCUGUGUCAGUUCUCCAACUCUUCUGCAGCUCCCCAAAAGCAGCCCUCAGGUAUGCUGCGGUCAGGACCCUCAACAAGGUGGCGAUGAAGCACCCUUCUGCUGUGACAGCUUGUAAUCUUGACCUGGAGAACCUGAUCACAGACUCGAACCGCAGUAUUGCCACGCUAGCCAUCACCACGUUGCUGAAAACUGGCAGCGAGAGCAGCGUGGACCGUCUGAUGAAGCAGAUCUCUUCCUUUGUGUCUGAGAUCUCCGAUGAGUUCAAGGUGGUUGUGGUACAGGCAAUCAGUGCUCUUUGCCAGAAGUAUCCCAGGAAGCACAGCGUCAUGAUGAACUUCCUGUCCAACAUGCUUCGAGAUGAUGGUGGGUUUGAGUACAAGCGGGCCAUUGUGGAUUGCAUCAUCGGCAUCAUCGAGGAGAACCCUGAGAGCAAGGAGACUGGCCUGGCGCACCUCUGCGAGUUCAUCGAAGACUGUGAGCACACGGUCCUGGCCACCAAGAUCUUGCAUCUCCUUGGCAGAGAGGGCCCUCGCACACCCUCACCCUCCAAAUAUAUACGCUUCAUCUUCAACCGUGUGGUGCUGGAGAGUGAGGCCGUGCGUGCUGCUGCAGUUAGUGCCCUUGCCAAGUUUGGUGCCCAGAAUGAUGACCUGCUCCCCAGUGUGCUAGUACUGAUGCAAAGGUGUAUGAUGGACAGUGACGACGAGGUGCGAGACAGGGCGACUUUCUACAUGAAUGUUCUGCAACAGAAACAGAAGGCGCUGAAUGCAGCCUACAUUUUCAAUGGUCUUUCUGUUUCCAUCCCUGGGCUGGAGAAGUCUCUACAUCAGUACACCCUGGAACCUUCUGAAAAACCCUUUGACAUGAAGACUGUUCCCCUGGCAACAACACCGAUCACUGAGCAGAAAACUGAAAUGGCCCCUGUGGCUUCCAGCAAACUCCCAGAGAAGUUGGCUCCUUCUCGGCAGGACAUAUACCAAGAGCAACUCGCUGCCAUCCCAGAGUUCCAAGGUUUGGGUCCUCUGUUCAAGUCUUCGGAGCCUGUGCAGCUCACUGAGGCCGAGACAGAGUAUGUGGUGCGCUGCAUCAAGCACACCUUUGCCAAUCACAUGGUCUUUCAGUUUGAUUGCACAAACACACUGAAUGAUCAGCUGCUACAGAAGGUAGUGGUGCAGAUGGAGCCAUCCGAAGCGUACGAGGUGGUUCAAUAUGUGCCAGCAGCCAGCCUACCCUACAGCCAACCCGGGUCUUGUUACUGCCUGGUGCGCCUACCGGAAGAUGACCCAACAGCGGUUUCCUGUACAUUCAGCUGUACAAUGAAAUACCUGGUCCGGGACUGCGACCCUAACACGGGCGAGCCAGACGACGACGGCUACGAUGACGAAUAUGUGCUGGAAGAUUUGGAAGUCACAGUAGCAGACCACAUUCAGAAAGUGCUCAAGCCAAAUUUUGCUGCAGCCUGGGAGGAGGUCGGCGACGAAUUUGAGAAAGAAGAAACGUUUGCGCUGUCCUCUGUCCGAACUCUUGACGAGGCUGUCGGCAACAUUAUCAGUUUCCUGGGAAUGCAGCCCUGUGAGCGAUCUGAUAAAGUCCCCGAAAAUAAGAAUUCCCACGUCCUAUUUCUUGCAGGUGUUUUCCGAGGGGGGCACGACGUGUUGGUACGGUCACGCUUGGCCUUGGCUGAUGGCGUGACCAUGCAGGUGACCGUGCGGAGCGGGGAAGAGACAGUGGUCGACGUUAUCCUUGCCUCUGUGGGCUAGACGGUUCUGUUCCCGGGAGCCUACCAAACCGCUAUAAGCCCAUUUUGGGGAAGGAAGUUAUAGUUUAGAAGUAUAUAUCAAAAGUUUUCCUGGGUUAAAGUCACAGAGGCUAUGCUAGCUUUUAUGAGUAGCAUGAACUCAUUGUUGUCAUACUGUGCAGAACUGCACUCCUGGUUUAUUCUGUUUAUCAAAAAUGUCUCGCUAGGUUUCCUUCAGCAUGGACCUGGAACUAUGUAGGAAACUUGAAACUGAAAUUUUCUGUUUCUUUCACUAACCUGUAUCUGCAGUGCUGGUCUUGGACUCUUUUUCAUCUCUUAAUAAAUGGUCAUCAUAAAGCUAAGAAUUUAUUUCUUUGAUAGUUUUGAGAUUUUUAUUGUGGGGUAUUUUUUCCUUCUUGAAACUUUGUCUGUGACGUUUCAGCCUUUGUCAUGGUUUCAGUGUGCUUCGGUAUUCUAAAUAUAAGGGCAAGAUGCAGGAACAUUUUGCAACUGUCAGCUGGUAGCGAAUAUAAUGGAAUGCGGAGUAGUCCUUUACACAUGUCCAGAUUUUCAUCUGUAUUUGCCACAGUGUAACAAGUGGAAUUCCUCUUAUUUCCCGAAACAACCUAAUUUGUUCUCAGUGAGGUAUACAGAAAACAUCAUGGGUUUUCUGUGAAAUUCGAUGACAGGUGUAAGGAAAAGACAUGGUUCCACAAUGAAAUUUCAGGUAAAUCAGUUAUGCUAGAUAGUCUGCCUUUUGGCUAAAAUAUAGUACCGAUAACGUUUAAAAAUAUAUAUUUUGAAAUGUUAAACAAUUACAGAUACAUGAACAUCAGUCCAUUAUGGGAAGACUUCACUAAUAGAUUCUUGAGCUGUGCUUUUUAUAUAUAAAAAAAACUAUGUACAGGACAAAAAUAAAUAUAGAUACACAUUCAGCAGACACUUUUCUUCAGUGAAGACUAUGUAGUUUUAUCAGCCCAUGCCUUGUUCACUUAAGGUGACACACUGCUAGAUACACUACUUACAAUGGGUCAGUCAUCCAUACACCAGUGAAACACACUUCGU